GGCCGCGGUCGCUGUCCUGGGAGGCUGAGGCGAGAGGGAGCUGUCCGGGUGGGGAGCCCGCACUACCUUCUUCCUUUUCCUCCUCCUCCUCCUCCGGGUGAGGGGAGCGAAGGUUGGGGCCCCGACCCCAUGGACCGGGAGGAGGCGGAGGCUGCCGAGAGCCGGGGCCCCGCUGUGUGGCCCUGAGCCCCGUGAACUGGUUCCGCCUGUCUGGAAGGCCAUGGAGAAGAGGCUGGGAGUCAAGCCAAGCCCUGUUUCCUGGAUUUUAUUGGGAUUUUGUUGGCAGAUAUCCAUGAAAUGGUUGAGAAGCCUGUACCUGUUUUAUACUUGCUUCUGCUUCAGUGCUCUGUGGUUGUCAACAGAUGCCAGUGAGAGCAGGUGCCAGCAGGCGAAGACAGAAUUUGGAGUUGGCCUGAGAUCUGGGGGAGAAAAUCACCUCCGGCUUCUUGAAGGAGCCCCCUCUCUCCAGUUGUGUUGGGCUGCCUGCUGCCAGGACCCUGCCUGCCAUGCCUUUUGGUGGUUAGAAGGGAUGUGCAUUCAGACAGAUUGCAGCAGGCCCCAGAGCUGCCGCACUUUUAGGACGGACUCUUCCAAUUCCAUGCUGGUGUUUUUAAAAAAAUUCCAAACUACAGAUGAUUUGGGCUUUCCACCUGAAGAUGAUGUACCGCAUAUUCUGAGGCUAGGUUGGAGCAGGACAUCUUGGAGGAGACAGAGUCCACCCAGACCCACUGUAUCUUCCAGGGACCAUCCGAGCUUAACCAGGAAGCUUUGGAAGAGAGAUAGUCCCAGCGAAGAAGUAACUACACAUAUGGUGACACAGCAUUCUGAAAUGAAUGACUCCAAAGAAGUAGGUUAUCUGAAUACCAGUGGUUCUGCAGAGGUCCACAAGGCAGUUGUAAUUUCCAGUCCCUUGACCCCCGUCCUGACUGCGGAGAUUCCUGGUUGGUCAAAGAAUAUGUCAGUCCAGCAUGAGACAUCAGAGGAUCCUGGUACUAUGCCUAGCACUCAGCAAGUAAAAAGCCUUGGGAAAAUUCAGAUUUCUACCCCUUUGCCAGUGGCUCCCUCCUACAGUUAUGCUACCCCUAACCCCCAGGCCUCUUUCCAGAUCACCUCAGCACCAUACCCAGUUAUAAAGGAACUGGUGGUAUCUGCUGGAAAAAGUGUCCAGAUGACCCUGCCUAAGAAUGAAGUUCAGUUAAAUGCAUAUGUUCUCCAAGAACCACUUGAAGGAGAAACCUACACCUACGACUGGCAGCUGAUUACUCAUCCUAAAGACUACAGUGGAGAGAUGGAAGGGAAACAUUCCCAGAUCCUCAAACUGUCCAAGCUUACUCCAGGCUUAUAUGAAUUCAAAGUGAUUGUAGAUGGUCAAAAUGCCCAUGGGGAAGGCUAUGUGAACGUGACGGUAAAACCAGAGCCCCGGAAGAAUCAGCCUCCCGUUGCCAUCGUGUCGCCACAGUUCCAGGAGAUCUCUCUACCAACCACUUCCACAGUCAUUGAUGGCAGCCAAAGCACUGAUGAUGAUAAAAUCGUCCAGUACCAUUGGGAGGAACUUAAGGGACCUCUGAGAGAAGAGAAGAUUUCUGAAGACACGGCCAUAUUAAAACUAAGUAAGCUCGUCCCUGGGAACUACACUUUCAGCUUGACGGUAGUAGACUCUGAUGGAGCAACCAGCUCUACCACUGCAAGCCUGAUGGUGAACAAAGCGGUGGAUUAUCCCCCUGUGGCCAAUGCGGGCCCCAACCAAGUGAUCACCCUGCCCCAAAACUCCAUCACCCUCUUUGGGAACCAGAGCACUGAUGAUCAUGGCAUCACCAGCUAUGAAUGGUCACUCAGCCCAAGCAGCAAGGGGAAAGUGGUGGAGAUGCAGGGGGUUAGAACCCCAACCCUGCAGCUCUCUGCCAUGCAAGAAGGAGACUACACUUACCAGCUCACAGUGACUGACACCAUAGGACAGCAGGCCACCGCCCAAGUGACUGUUAUCGUGCAGCCUGAAAACAACAAGCCUCCACGGGCAGAUGCAGGCCCAGAUAAAGAGCUAACCCUUCCCGUGGACAGCACAACCCUGGAUGGCAGCAAAAGCUCUGAUGAUCAGAAAAUUAUCUCCUAUCUCUGGGAGAAAACACAGUUUCUGUCUCUGUCCAGGGGACCCGAUGGCGUGCAGCUCGAGAAUGCUAAUGGCAGUGUCGCCACUGUGACAGGGCUACAAGUAGGAACCUACGUGUUCACCUUGACUGUCAAAGAUGAGAGGAACCUGCAAAGCCAGAGUUCUGUGAAUGUCAUUGUCAAAGAAGAAAUGAACAAACCACCUCUAGCCAAGAUAACUGGGAAUGUGGUGAUUACCUUGCCCACGGACACAGCAGAACUGGACGGCUCCAAGUCCUCAGAUGACAAGGGAAUAGUCAGCUACCUCUGGACCCGAGAUGAGGGGAGCCCAGCAGCAGGGGAGGUGCUAAAUCACUCUGACCACCACCCGAUCCUCUUUCUUUCCAACCUGGUUGAAGGGACCUACACAUUUCACCUGCAUGUGACUGAUGCGAAGGGGGAGAGUGACAUGGAUCGGACCACUGUGGAGGUGAAGCCUGAUCCCAGGAAAAACCACCUGGUGGAGAUCAUCUUGGAUGUCAACGUCAGUCAGCUAACUGAGAGGCUGAAGGGAAUGUUCAUCCGCCAGAUUGGGGUCCUCCUGGGGGUGCUGGAUUCCGACAUCAUUGUGCAAAAGAUUCAGCCGUACACGGAGCAGAGCACCAAGAUGGUAUUUUUUGUCCAAAACGAGCCUCCCCACCAGAUCUUCAAAGGCCAUGAGGUGGCAGCGAUGCUCAAGAGUGAGCUGCGGAAGCAGAAAGCAGACUUUCUGAUAUUCAGAGCCCUGGAAAUCAAUACUGUCACAUGCCAGUUGAACUGUUCUGACCAUGGCCACUGUGAUUCAUUCACCAAACGCUGUAUCUGUGACCCUUUCUGGAUGGAGAACUUCAUCAAGGUGCAGCUGAGGGAUGGAGACAGCAACUGUGAGUGGAGCGUGUUGUAUGUUAUCAUUGCCUCCUUUGUCAUUGUUGUCGCCCUGGGAAUCCUGUCCUGGACGGUGAUCUGUUGUUGUAAGAGGCAGAAAGGAAAACCCAAGAGGAAAAGCAAGUACAAGAUCCUGGAUGCCACGGAUCAAGAGAGUCUGGAACUGAAGCCAACCUCCCGAGCAGGCAGCAAACAGAAGGGCCCGAUGCUGAGCAGCAGCCUGAUGCGCUCCGAGUCGGAGCUGGACAGCGAUGACGCCAUCUUCACGUGGCCAGACCGAGAGAAGGGCAAACUCCUGCAUGGUCAGAAUGGCUCCGUGCCCAAUGGGCAGACCCCACUCAAGGCCAGGAGCCCACGGGAGGAGAUCUUGUAGCCACUUGGUCUGCGUCCUCAGGGUAGGAGUGGGCAGUGCCAGGGUCCAGAGCAUUGCCCGGAGCUUCUCAGAGCUCCCCGUGUGUGGGCAGCGGUUGUCCCAGCGUCUGCUGGUCACUCCACCCUCAUACCCCCCACCAGAGCUGCUGGUACUUGAAUGCAGAGACAUUCUCCAGGAACCCUGAAUGAAGCUGUGAACGAAGAGGUUUCCUCUGUAAACCCUUCUGGUAGCCCCCCGCGCCCCCCCAACGUCCUCACCUCAGGGCCUCCUUCCCCGCAAACUCCUCCCCUGCUCUAAGGGCCAUCCAGGCAGCUCCCAGCCUCCUCUCCAGCUCCCUGUCGGCAGCGUUGUGGCUCCCAGGGCGCCUGCACAGCAAGGCCCGGCUGCGCCCCAACACCUGGCUGCGGAGCCAAGCGCGACCAGCCUCCUGCUCCGAGAGCCUGCGUGCGGCCACGUUCUUCAUUCCCUUCUUUGGGCCGGAGUGCACCCUUUCGCCGAUUACGGGCGGCCUGGCUGUUUCAGGAAUGGAGGGAGGCCCCUCUGGCCGCUGGGCUGUCGUGUCAGACCGCUGGGCCGGCCGCGGACAUCUCCCUUCCUGCCCCGACCGGCCGCUUCAGGGGCCCCCACGCCCGGCGCCCGCAGGAGACAGGCACGCGCUGACUGGAACGUGACGGCAUGAGCGCAUGCGUGCGAGCGCCCCACCGCGGCUCCUGGUCCGCCUCUGUCCUCUCCGCGCGUCCCCUGCAUGUGUGUGUCAGACUGUGCGCGCGUCAACUCCUCGUAGGGCUCUCGGCUACUUGCAAGGCACCCUUGACCUGGACGGAGUUUUAGCUCCUUGGAGCAGAGACUUCCUGAAUCCCUGUGGCCCCAUCACUCGUUCCUCGGCCGUGUUCUCUUGAGUGUUGAGGAACGGGAGCUUUGGGGGAGUGACUUUUUGGAAAGAAACUUAGUUUACACUACUGCACUACUGUCGGUUGUGAGAUGAUUAAACACGCUAUUUAAUUGUA